UGAGUCUGGGUUUCUUUGACGACAUUUUGAUCCCGCCGUCGGCGCUGCAGCAGCCGGCCCGGUUCGACGAGGCCGAGCAGGUCUGGAUCUGGGAGUACGAGGACGGCAAACACAGCCUCUUCAUGGAUCCCGGUGAGGAGGUUCGGUUCCGCGUGGCGGCCGAGACGUUCACGGACACGACGCCGGCCGGUCCGGAGCGGAGCCCGGCAGAGCCGUCCGCGCCGCCCGCCGACCCCGCGGCCGGCCAGCAGCGCCACACGCCCUACCUCAUCACGGCUACCGUGAACGAGCCAGGUCUGGGGCUGCUCUCGUGGUGGGCCAACCUCAGCUGACCUGCCCCGCGGUGACCUGACCCCUGACCCAGAGGGACACUCAGCAGUCGGCACUCAGCGGGACCUGAUUUAAGCUGACCCGUUGGGACCCCCGACGCCCAGCAGUCAGCGGACCUGACCUCGCCUGAUCCAACGUGACCUGACCGGCCAUAACCCUCGGCGUCACUUCACGAGGUCAGGUCACAGUAUCGUUCACAGCUUCUUACCCUGUGAAAACAGCUGUGAGAACACCUAUGAGAAACAUCAGCUGUGAGAGCAUCCGUGAAAACGUUUGCUGCGAGGAUACAUGCGGAAAUACCUGUGAGAACAUCGGGCAUCAGCUGUGUGAGCGCUGGUGAGAACAUCAUUGUGAGAACUGAGAACACCACAGUGCGUUCCCGCGGAUCUACCAUCGAUGGAAUCCCGCUGGGAAUAACCCUGACAUGCUGUAACUUUAUUGUGGGAUGUAUGACGGUAGUUCGGAGAGACUGAGAGAUCUCAGAGGUUGGUCUGAGAUGGGGUCGUGUCGUUUAAAAGUGCCGAAGUGUUCCGGGCCAUGAGGCAUUGUGUCGUAUCUAACCACGACCGUGUCUUACCCAUCCAAACUACUGAUGCUCAGUCGUACACUAUGUUCUACAACGUACCUAUGUGUGAGUGACGAGCAGUUAAAGGAUUUGCUGGAAAAGUCUCUGAGUAAUAUAAACAGCGGGUGUUUUUUUUGUGAUUUUGUUUUCGCGACGCCUGCUCCGCUGUUGGAAAUUUUGGCCAGGGGGCGUAGUUAUUUUGUCCACUGUGCGGUCGGUUAGAAGUCUGUUUCACCUGGGGGCGAACUUCGGUGAGGAGUUGUGUGGUCCUCUGCGCUUUGUCAUUGGUUUGAAAAUAAAGUAUUUCCUCAUUAUGA